AUGUCUGAUAUACAUGACCUGACCGACUCCGUCCAAAGCCUAGGGCCCAGCGGAACUGCACCAGCAGAGAAGACCGCAACAGUCAGUUUCCCCCACGCUAAUCCGCCAGGAGCCAUCCCAGGCAGGAAAGCGAAGUCACGACUAUUGUUAGCAGCGGAGAAGGCAGCAGCUAAAGGCGCCCAACCGGGAGGGUCAGAAGAGGAAGACAACAGCAAAGAACCUCAGAUCAUGAGUAUGCUUCGAACGGCAAAGGGCACAGCCGAAGAACCAGACGCCAAAGUGAAACUCUUGAAGAUGGCGCUAGAAGCUCAGAUGGCAGGAGAUGCGGCCAAAGCAGAUAAGAUCUUGAACGCUCUACCGGGGAUUGUCAAAGAGGAUCAACCAAAGCAAGCCCCCUUAACCAUGGUGAAGCACGCGGAGAAAGAGAAGGGAAGUGCAGAACCGGUGAAAGAAAACGGCUACCAACCUCAGGGCAUGCCGUACCAAGGCCCGCCGGCGAUGGUCCACCAGUUCAACUUCCCCGGACAAAGCCAUCUAGGCCCGCCACAGUUUGCACCGGCCAACCAGUGGACCCAACCGCGACCCCCAAGGCAGCGAGGGCAAGGCAGAAACGGCUACCGAGGGAAGCGUUUCAACCCCCAAUACCACAAGCAGCGCAUGGCGAACCAGCAGAGCUACCCGGGGAACGGGCAAAUGGUCAUUAGAGACCAAGCUACUAGCCACCAACCCAGUCAAGCACCCCCAAAGUAG